AUGUUCUUCUGGCCUCGUCGGGCAGUCAGUUGGCUGAAGUUCCUCGCCACACAGCGCUCACACUUCCCUCUGGAGUGGGAGCAGGGGUCAGACCUACGCAGUCCUGGGGAGAUGUUGAAGCUGUCUAUCAUCGAUAUGAUCUUCACGGUGGCCAGUAUCCUGUUGAUAGACUUCAUCAGAGGGCUGGUGGUCAGGUACCUGAGUGACUGCUGCUGCUGGGACCUGGAGAGCAAGUUUCCUGAGUAUGGGGAAUUCAAGAUAGCUGAGAAUGUACUCCACCUGAUAUAUAACCAAGGAAUGAUCUGGAUGGGUUCGUUCUUCUCUCCCUGUCUGCCUGCCUUUAACAUGUUGAAGCUGAUAGGCUUGAUGUACCUGAGGAGUUGGGCUGUGCUCACCUGUAACGUCCCUCACCAACAGGUGUUCAGAGCAUCCAGAUCAAAUAAUUUCUACCUGGCUAUGCUGUUGUUCAUGCUUUUUCUGUGUAUGCUGCCCACCAUCUUUGCCAUAGUGAGAUACAGACCUUCCCAACACUGCGGGCCAUUUAGCGGUCAGGAGAAGAUUUAUGACAUCAUCUCAGAGACGAUAGCCAAUGACUUCCCGCUGUGGUUCAGUAAAGUGAUGAGUUACGUCACCAGCCCUGUCGUAGCGCUGCCCGCUCUGCUACUGCUGUUCAUGCUGAUCUACUACCUUCAGGCCAUUGCCAGAUCCCUUAAAUUCACCAACAACCAGCUGAGGAUGCAGCUUCAGACUGAGAGAACAGAAGACAAGAAGAAGGUAUUACAGCUGGCUUCAGCGAGGCUACAGGCCCCAGAGGUCCCCGGGGGGGACAGGAAGCCUGACCAGCAGGAUGGUGACAUCACCAGCCGCGAGUCGUCCAUUCGCACGCCGUCGCCACGACCCAACGGCAGUGUCACAAACUUCCAGUCGCCCGAUCGUCGCGGCAACGGCAUCCGCACCAUCACCCAGUCGGCAUCGAGGGCCGAGACCGCUAGGGCGACAUUUGCUGCUGGGGCGUCUAGAAGUCCAACAGUGUCCAUAAUUCACAAGCAAAGGCCGGAGAACAUCCCUAACAGACACCCUUCCUACCUGGGAGGCCCUAGCGGUACCUGCAGGUCCAAGUCCUACCACCAUGUGGCGUACAACCCCCCGACACGCUACUCCUCAGAGAACAUCCACUCCGACCCACUCUACAGGAAGACCAUCAGGCCCAUGCACUCCGCAGAGGCAGCUGGGAUAGUGACCGCCCAGAGCUAUGUGGGCCGUCGCCCCUACACCACGCGCUACGUCAUCGUCAACGAGAACGAAGCUAGGAAAAAGUUGCUUCGAUCAGCCACACGCGUCCCUCGCCACUUCCGAGCGGAGGACCCGGUGGGUGAAAUCGUAGAGCUGAUCCCGCGGAAUAUCAAGCGGUAUACUCCAAGGGCUCCGCAUCUGCAUGGGCACCCACAUAGGUCGAAUCCGGCCCAGUCACACCUGAGUGAUGAAGAGCAGGAGGAAGAGGCAGGGGGGAAGAGGGAGUCUAGGAGGGGGUUGUUCGGGCAGACUCACCGGCCCCGCUCACUCUCCGACCUCCACCAGCCGGCUCGCUUCUACAUCGGAGAGCGCCUGGAGACCAAGCUGGUUAUGGCGUCAAAAGACAGCCACACUGCUAGGGGGCGCUACAGCGGUGAAGCCCAAAAAGGGGACUGGGAGGAUAUGGAGACGCGCUUGCACUCCCUCUCCCAGACCAGCAUCAGAGGAGCGGAGCUUCCACCACCAAUCAGGCACACACAGUCCCCAGCCAGACACCCCCACUCCCCGAGCAGACUUGUACACUCACACCCCCAGGGCCCUGGAAGACGCCUGGAGCCACAGGUCAAGCCCAAGACAUCCAGGUCCAAGCUGGAGCCUUCCCUGACUGAGUCGGACUCGGCCUCUCUGGCCUCCAGUAGCGACCAGCAGAACAGCAGCACAGACCAGUACAUCCAGGUCAUUCACAACAAGGAGAAGUAUCUCAAGUCUGAGGCAAGGCAAGGCAAGCUGGCUAAGAAGAAGUCCAAAGCCAGUAUAGAUCUCAAUGUGUCUGGGUCCAAAGACCUGGUCUGCUCCAACGUGUAGUUGGUGUAUUUGUAUUGUGAAUAUAUCUAGGUUUAUUUAACCUUUAUUAAUCCAUAUUGACAGUAGUGAAAAGUACUUAAGUAAAAAAUACUUUAAAGUACUACCUAAGCAGUUUUUUGGGGUAUAUGUACUUUACUUUUAGUCUACUAUAUUCCUAAAGAAAAUAAUGUGCUUUUUACUCCAUACAUUUUCCCUGACACCCAAAAGUACUAGUUACAUUUUGAAUGCUUAGCAGGACAGGAAAAUGGUCUAAUUCACACACAUCAAGAGAACAUCCCUGGUCAUCCCUACUGCCUCUGAUCUGGCAGACUCACUAAACACAAAUUUGACAAACACUUCAUUUGUAAAUUAUGUCUGACUGUUGAAUUGUGCCCCUGGCUAUCAGUAAAUUUUAAAAACAAAAAAUUGUGCCGUCUGGGUUGCUUCUGCCCCUGAACAAGCCAGUUAACCCACUAUUCCCUGGGCGCCGAAGACGUGGAUGUCGAUUAAGGCAGCCAUCCGCACCUCUGAUUCAGAAGGGUUGGGUUAAAUGUGGAAGACACAUUUCAGUCGAAUGCAUUCAGUUGUACAACUGACUAUGUAUCCCCCUUUCCCUUUCCUAAAUUAAUAUAAGGAAUUUGAAAUGAUUUACACUUUUACUUUUUAUACUUAAGUAAAUUUUUGGAAUUCACAUUUACUUUUGAUACUUAAGUAUAUUUAAAACCAAAUACUUUUAGACUUUUACUCAAGUAGAAUUUUACUGGGUGACUUUCACUUUUACUUGAGUCAUUUUCUUUUAAGGUAGCUUUACUUUUACUCAAGUACAACAAUUAGGUACUUUUUCCACCACUGGUUAUUGAAAGCAAAUUAUAUUUUACAAUAAUGACCUGUCGAGUUAAUUGUUUUGUAAUGGGUUACACAAAGUCGUAUUGUAAACCACAGAAAAUGUGAAAAGCCCAUUCAUGGCCAAUGCUAUACUUUGUGUGUGUUAACAAACAGCUCUAUGUACAUAAUAUGCAUAACAUAUUAUAUGCUCACAUUAUCAUGGAUACUGUGCUUGCUAUCAAUCUAAUAAAUAUCAUGGUCAAUGGUCCAAAGUAGUGUACCUAAGCAUCAGAUUGUUUUGUUCUACUCAAGGUUAUGUGUAUGGCCCUUGAUGUUUGUUUUAGGGUUAUCACAAACAGAUGUUAUAUUGGCUAUUGUGUGUGUGUACAUUACAUUGUACCAAGCAAACAUGGCCUUCAAUUCAGUAAAAUGAUGAUACCGUAGUAAAGUAUGAUGUGUAACAUAUAUAAUAUACUCUGCAAAAAAAUAAACAUCCCUUUUUCAGGACCCUGUCUUUCAAAGAUAAUUCAUAAAAAUCCCAAAAGCUUCACAGAUCUUCAUUGUAAAGGGUUUAAACACUGUUUACCAUGCUUGCUCAAUGAACCAUAAACAAUUAAUUAACAUGCACCUGUUGAACGGUCUUAAGACACUAACAGCUUACAGACAGUAAGCAAUUAAGGUCACAGUUAUGAAAACUUAGGACACUAAAGAGGCCUUUCUACUGACUGUGAAAAACACCAAAAGAAGGAUGCCAAGGGUCUCUGCUCAUCUUCGUGGACGUGCCUUAGGCAUGCUGCAAGGAGGCACAAGGACUGAAGAUGUGGCCAGGGCAAUAAAUUGCAAUGUCCGUACUGUGAGACACCUAAGACAGCGCUACAGGGAGACAGGACAACACCUGCACAGGAUCGGUACCUCCGAACAUCACACCUGCAGGACAGAUACAGGAUGGCAACAACAACUGCUCGAGUUACACUAGGAACGCACAAUCCCUCCAUCAGUGCUCAGACUGUCCGCAAUAGGCUGAGAGAAGCUGGACUGAGGGCUUGUAGGCCUGUUGUAAGGCAGGUCCUCACCAGACAUCACUGGCAACAAUGUCGCCUAUGGGCACAAACCCACAGUCGCUGGACCAGACUGGCAAAAAGUGCUCUUCACUGAUGAGUCGCGGUUUUGUCUCACCAGGGGUGAUGUUCAGAUUGGCGUUUAUCGCCGAAGAAAUGAGCGUUAUACUGAGACCUGUACUCUGGAGCGGGAUCUAUUUGGAGGUGGAGUGUCCAUCAUGGUCUGGGGCGGUGUGUCACAGCAUCAUCGGACUGAGCUUGUUGUCAUUGCAAGCAAUCUUAACGCUGUGCGUUACAGGGAAGACUUCCUCCUCCCUCAUGUGGUACCCUUCCUGCAGGUUCAUCCUGACAUGACCCUCCAGCAUGACAAUGACACCAGCCAUACUGCUCGUUCUGUGCGUGAUUUCCUGCAAGACAGGAAUGUCAGUGUUCUGCCAUGGCCAGUGCGAAGAGCCCGGAUCUCAAUCCCAUUGAGCACGUCUGGGAUCUGUUAGAUCGGAGGGUGAGGACUAGGGCCAUUCCCCCCAUAAAUGUCCGGGAACUUGCAGGUGCCUUGGUGGAAGAGUGGUGUAACAUCUCACAGCAAGAACUGGCAAAUCUGGUGCAGUCCAUGAGGAGGAGAUGCACUUCAGUACUUAAUGCAGCUGGUGUCCACAACAGAUACUGACUGUUACUUUUGAUUUUGACCCCCCCUUUGUUCAGGGACACAUUAUUCCAUUUCUGUUAGUCACAUGUCUGUGGAACUUGUUCAGUUUAUGUCUCAGUUGUUGAAUCUUGUUAUAUUUAUACAAAUAUUUACACAUGUUAAGUUUUCUGAAAAUAAACACAGUUGACAGUGA